CUCUAAUUCUGCCAUUUUCCUCAACCGUAAUAGACGCGCGAACUCGCCCCGUCGAAUGUAUCAGCAGUUCGCCGCAUCGACGUCAACCGAUUAUGGCCAGACGAUAAUCGGUGCCCCUGUUGCAGGUCCAAGCACUGUCGCACCACAUGCGACGACCACGACGCAGUCUACCACCUCGACCGCGAUGGCUGCUACUAACCCCGCUGGCGUUGCUGGCAAUGCAGGUACUACAGCUCUUUCUCCACUCCACCAGAAACCUCAGCCACUGGUCGCAACUGGCGACUGGGCCAGCGAGCUCGUCCACCUUGCCAAGACGGCAGAGUUGAAGAAACACUCAUUGACACUGCAGUUGCACACCGCGCACAUCGUAUCUGCCCAUGCUACACUUGAGCAAAAGGACAAGGCGAUACAAGAUAUCAGGGAACAGAAGAAUAAACUUGAUAGCGAGAGAAUACGUCUUUUAAACUGUCUGGCGGAGAUAAACGCAGAUCGCGACAAAGCCGACUUGAUGGAGGCGUCCUUAGCGCGAGAAUGCGCGGAACUGCGCCAACAAGUUGGUGCGCUCCAAGAGGGGGAAUAUGCCGUUGCGAAACGGGACGUGGACCGUCUCCGGGUCGAACUUGGACAGCCUCCGCUGCCACCUCUUCAGACAACGCUAGACGAGAAGACAUCCCAGUACCUACGUGAACGCCGGAUGAAUGGGGAGAAGCGUAUAACGAGUGACACGCCACCGGAUGUACAGCCUAUAGCAAAGCGACCUCGAGGACGACCAAAGGGCAGCAAGAAUCGUGGAAGCAAAGUGGCGACGGGUUCAGGAGGGAGUAGUGCUACAUCGGGUGGUGCAUGAAUGGGGCGGAUCGACUCAUGACAGUGAAAAGGUCUCGUGUAUGUAUAUUUGUGUACAUAUGUGUAAGUAUACGGGACCCGCCCUGUUCGGGGGGCAGAUCAAAACGAGGCUG